CCUCCUCAUGCCUUUGUACCAAAACACAAACUCAACAGCCUUCUUUCGGUCCAUAUCUCCUUCAGUAAUACUCCUCCAUUGUUAAAAGCUUACUUUGCUUUCAGAUUUACAGAGUGAAAACUAAGAAAAUGGCAGCAGUGUUCAAGUUGGUAUGUGUUCUACUUGCGUUCAUGGUUGUAGCUGCUCCUUAUGCAGCUGAAGGUGCACUAACAUGUGGUCAGGUAGCUGGCAAGAUGGCACCAUGUCUUGGCUACUUAAUGGGUGGUGCUAUGGCACCUGGUUGUUGCCCAGGAGUCAAGGGUCUUCUUGGCAUGGCUAAAGCCACUCCUGACCGUCAAGCUGCUUGCAAUUGCUUGAAGAAUGCCGCCAAGUCUAUGAGUGGUAUCAAAAUGGCUAAUGCUGCCGCUCUCCCCAAACAAUGUGGAGUUAACAUCCCUUACCAGAUCAGCCCUGCCACUGACUGUGCCAAGGUAAAGUAAACUGUACCAUUGAAGGAUAUGCAUGUAGGAUUGCGAGAUCGAAGAAUAAGAUGGAUGUUUGGGUGAUGAAGUUGUAGAAGUCUUAAGGAUGUUUUAUGCAACCUCUGGCGAUCCAGCUUUGUUAGCUUUAGCAUCCCUGCCUGUGGUUUUUGUGAUGUUGUUGUUAUUGCUUUUAAUUAGUAGUAUAGAAGUAGUAGUUGCUGUCGAGUUUAGCAUAUCAUCAUGUAAUCAGAUGAGAUCAUGAUUAUGUAACUUAUGCUAAUUUCAGCCUCCUACUUUUAAUCAAUGAAAAUGCAGAGUUUUUAUGUUAU